AUGGCAAAAAUAUGGUGCUUCAGUGGAACACCUCCUCUACUACCUUCACGCAACCAGUUUCGAAGGAAUCAUAGCGUCCAAAGGUGCUCAAACGCUAACAUGCCCAAAAGCAUGAAGACUUAUGCAAGUAUGAAUAAAAAAAGUGAAAGUGAAAGUGAAAGAGAAACCCCUCAGAUACUGAAAAUAGCGGUGAGCGGAGUGACGGAGCUCUUGAGGCUUUUCUCUCCUUCUUUGAAUCAAUCAAGCUUUCAGAAACAGAGAGAUGAAUUCUCAAUUUCAACCGUCGAUGAUGUUCUCAGUAUCAUAAAAUCUGAUUACGACAACGCUUAUUUCGUAACAGGGAACUUCACUUCUUCAAUUUAUGCUGAGAACUGUAUCUUUGAAGACCCAACUAUUAAAUUUCGUGGUAGGGAGUUAUACGCACGAAACUUGAAAUUGCUUGUUCCAUUCUUUGCCUGUGCAUCAAUUGUACUACAAAAGAUUGAGAAGAUGAAGGAGAUUAAAUUUUUAGGUGGCUAUUGGGAAGCUGGAUGGAGCCACACCGCCCCAACCUAA